UAAAGAGUUCACGUGGCCCCUGGACUCUGAUGGCGGCAGCAAGUUACGUGUGUGAAACCUAACACACAAUCCCAAGUCUUCCAACUCCAACAUCUGCCGAAAUUUGAACACACACAUUAUAGAGGGUGUAAGUGGAAAAUCGGGCUUGUAAACCAUGGAAGUUCCCGAGUUGCAGGUGGGUAGGAAGGUGAUGAAGGCGAUAAAGGAGAGGAGGUCGCACUGGGAGCAGACGUACAGCGUCAAAAUCAAGGAAGAUUGUUUCCGGGAAGUUAUUUCCGCUCUCAAGAAAUCCUCGUAUUCGAAUUUUGCCGACGAUGGUGUAUCAGAGAUCCAAAGAAUAGGGAAGGAAGUAAUGGAGGGAGCGUGCAAGUGGGUGGCAGAGAGGUUCAGAAGUUGCGUGUUCGAGAGAAGGUUUAAGGAGAGGCAAGACGAACUUUGUCGUGCGCUUGUGGAUGUAAAGGAGCUGUGUGAGGCUCUGGACGAAGAUAGCCGUGAUUGGCUGGCGCGGGCCAGGGUCGAACGUGACGAGUCGUCACUUUUACUGGCCAAGUCCUUGGGCGAUUGGAGAAAAGUCCUUGACUCGAAUGAGGUCUACAAGCUGAGGAUGUUCCAAGGGAUUGGGUUGAGGCUCGAGAAGCAGCAGCUGACGACCAUCUCCCCACAAGUGCGCAAAAGCAUUAUCGAUUUUCUGGAGAAAGUUAAGCUCAGGCUGUUUAAAUUAUUCAACAGGACCUUGAUGGUCGCCCCACUUCAUGUCUGGGAGGUUGUGAGCAGAAUGAGUGAUGUUCCGCUUGUUGAGUUGUCCUCUUCCACUGGUUUAAAUUAUUUACAAAAAGAAGCCUGCCGCCUGACGAAGAAGAGGCUGGUAGGCCUGGACUGCACAAUCGAUGGAAUCUUUGAAGCUUUAGCAGAUUUGGGCCGAGGAGGAGGGCCCAGGCCCAGGGGUUUAUUCCUCCUGGUGGGCCAAAGUGGGUCCGGCAUCACAGAGAUUGCUAAUGCCGUUGCGCAACAUUGGUAUGGAGACGUGAGCAGGCUUGUGGAGAUUGAGAUGUGCAAGUAUUACGAUGGAAACCCCUUUGGAAAUGCAACAAGGGAUCCCGAGUCAACCAAGGCAAACCUCGAGCUCUUCUGGAAGUGUCUCUCGGAGAUUGUGAGGAAACGGCCCUAUUCUGUGAUUCUUCUGGAUGGAAUAUAUAGCGCCGGCUUUUGUGUUAAGAGUCUACUCCAAGUUUUACGUGGUGAUGAAUCCUCCGGGGCUGACUUUUCCAAGUGUAUUAUUUUCAUGGCGGCAAGACGGGGGAGUGCUGGACUUAAGGGGAACUGUACGUGCUUUGGUGAAAGAACACAACUCGAGGAGGCAUUCGAGCGCGAUCCAGCGGGAUUCGAGAGGGCCCACGACUGUCUGCCGAAAAUUUUGGAAGAUGUUCUGUCCAUGGGAAGACGUUUAAUUGGGUCCGAGCUGUUUGAUUCUAUGGUGGAUAGAGCUUUUGCUGUGGAUGCUAGGCACAAUGAGAAGGCUGUUUGUAGAAUGCUUCUUAGGGAGAUGGUUAGAGAAGUUGGUGAGGGAAGGAUUCUCGUGCAUAUCUCAGAUGCUGCUUUGAACGCCAUGCUUUGGAGUUCACGUGCUAGUUUUUCGUUAUCAACUCCUGGAAAGGCUUUGAAAGAAAUGUUGGUUGAGGAGGUCCGGCCACAGUUGGUGGCUGCCAGAGGUUGUUAUCAUAGCAAUGUUAUUGUAUACAUCGACACCCUGGUUGGAACUGGCGAGCUGUCGUUUAGAUUUGAAGAGAACAAACGAGACCUAGCCGAUGCCUACUUCAAGCACAAGGACGGGACAUUUGGCAGCGUGGUGGCCGACUUGAGGCUAAAACUGCAGUCAGCCUGCAAAUUGUUUGAGUUGCGCAAACAGAUUACGCGUCAUUUGAGUCCAAUCAAUGGAGACUGUGUACUGUUGGGGAGGUCCCUGCUGUACAUGUGCAAAUACCUCUCAAAUUUUUCUCCUUUGUUUCCGAGCUUGGAGGAGGUAGUAACAACAAGAGGAAUAACAGUGACAACAUCUAAUAGUAAUACGGGUGAAGAGAAGUCGAAGUUGAAGGAUAUAGUGAUGAUGAGGAGUUUCUUAGCAAAAGCCGAUACAAGUCCUGCUGAAGCAGUUACCCGAGUCAUAAUCGAUGACAUAUCCAAGAUGUUUGAUGCUCCACUGGAAGAUUAUAAUCGAUGUCACCUAAUGUUAUGCCCGCACGCUUAUGAUGCUAAGAGGCAACUGAUUUCAUGUCUGAGUGAAUCCCUCAAGUCGAAUUUCACGCACAUCAAUCUAAGAAAUAACACGAGCAGCGGCCAUCAAAUCAAGAAAUUGCUGAUGGAGUUUGUGAAGGAGAGGCUUUUUGCUGUUUUCAUGCUUGAUGGAGUUGAGGAUUCGGAUGAUGUCCUCUAUGGGAGCCUUCUCGAGAUCUUUGAUAAGGGUGAACUCAUUGAUGACGACAGUGGUCAACCCGUUGACUUCCGGAGAGCUAUCUUUAUCCUCACGUCAGAGUCUGCCAACAGGCAGGCAAUUGCUGGCUUCUUUGAUUCUGAUGCUAAUACUUAUCAGAAAAAUAAGAAACGAGGUCGAUCUGAGCUGCUCCCUUGGGUUGCGAUGAAUAGGCAACCUCCAAAGAAGAGACGUAAAAUGGAGUCGCAUGCCCGGGUUGAAAUAGUUUCCCACCGUGUCAAGGAAGUGAAACAAUUUAGGACGGAAUUGCUUAACAGGGUGGGUGAAAUAAUUCUUUUUAACCCGACAAGUUCACGCGAGCAUGGACACAUCCGCAGGCUUUCUAAAUGCAACAGCUUCAUCAAAUGCUCCGUAACUAAUGCUGUAUCGGUUUCGAGCAUCAUUAAAUUGUUCCAUUGUGGCGAUAGAGACGACGGGUUUUUUUAUUAUUUACAACAACAGUUGUCGUCGUCGCGUGUCAAAUUCCAUUUGUUGGGGAACGCGGGAGAGAACUGUGGAGUCGAGGAGACCUGUUCCUCGAACUUCUUAAGUUAUGAAUGGCUGAAUGAGCUUUAAUUUAAUAUACGUACUGUUUUUAUUUAAUAAAGUUUAUGUGUGCGUUGGCGGGUUUCAUGUCGGUUGCAUAGACGUGAACUGGACUGAACUUGACUCGUGGUUUAUUAGAGAUUUAAUGGGUCAAUGUGGUGAGGAUGUGUAUUUAUUGUUGGUGAUUGGUCGUUAAUAGAAGACGACGUUAAUCUUAACUUGGUCAAUGCUGAGGGGCUUCAUUAAAUU